UCUACGUGAGAAUCUCUUUGCCAUGGCUGUCACCAUGGGUUCCUGCUACGUUGAAGAACGCCUCGGCGAAAAGACCUACACGCGGAGGCACGAGAUCGAAUCUUCAUCCGCCGCUGGAUUUAUUAUGGAUAUCAACUAUUUCUUUCUCCCACCGGCAAAGCGGUUGAUGGUUCCCUUAGUCUACAAUCACGAUAAACCAAACUACAAGAGCCCCAAUGACAGUGUGAUCGCAGAGAGGGCCAAGUUGGAGGAGAGUAAGAAAGAGGCUAUGAAGCCCGCUAAUGAAGGUGGAGGAGAGAAAAGAGAUGAAGCUCCACAUGAAGCCCGCUAAUGAAAGAGGCUAUGAAGUCCAAUCUUUCAAAGUAAGAAGCUAAAACAUGCAGAGUUGGGGCUUGCAUUGCAGGCAUAUCACUUCUUAUAACUUGGCCUUGAGCACAAGGCCGUUUUUCAGGGUGGUAAUGAUGAGCCCACGAAUCACUCAACUUGGCCCAACCGAAGUUCAGCUUAAGAGCCCCAGCCCAAUUCAUACUACCGAGAUUGUGUAGCCCAACCAUCGUCCAAACGUGUCGUUGCCGUUAUAGGAGUAGUCUUUGGGCUUUGCUUUAUUUGUUGAAAGAGUCAUUUCCAGGUUGUUAGCACUUAGCAGUAGUAGUUCUUAGUUGUGUUCGUGUCUAAUAAGAACCCCCACCAUAC